GAUUCUUCACGCGCGUCUCUCUCUUCUUCGUCCUCUACAAAAACACUCGUCUCUGUACAUUGAUCUUCACGCUCAUCUCCCUCUCUCUCUGAGCUCUCACGCGUCCAUGGCGGUCAAAUGUUUCCACUCCUUUGCUCUCCAUCUGCUUCUGGCGACGAUCGUGAUCGGCGUCGUCAACUCCGAGUACAUAGAGUACAACACAGCACCGAGAAUCGUCACUGAGAAAAUCAAUGUUCACUUGGUUCCUCACUCCCACGACGACGUUGGGUGGCUCAAGACCGUUGACCAGUACUACGUCGGCGCCAAUAACUCCAUUCGGGGAGCUUGUGUUGAGAAUGUAAUCGAAUCUGUCAUCGCUUCGUUGCUGGACGAUCAAAAUAGAAAGUUCAUCUAUGUUGAGAUGGCGUUCUUUCAAAGAUGGUGGAGGCAACAAAGCAAUGCCAAGAAGGUUAAGGUUAAGAAGCUUGUUGACUCUGGUCAACUUGAGUUCAUAAAUGGUGGAAUGUGUAUGCACGAUGAGGCGACUCCGCAUUAUAUUGACAUGAUUGAUCAGACAACGCUAGGCCAUCAGUUUAUCAAAAGUGAGUUUGGUCAGGUUCCUAGAGUCGGUUGGCAAAUCGAUCCUUUUGGACAUUCUGCAGCACAGGCUUACUUGCUUGGUGCGGAGUUAGGCUUUGACUCGCUGUUUUUCGCUAGAAUUGACUACCAGGAUCGUGCAAAGAGAUUAAGAGAGAAGACACUUGAGGUUAUUUGGCAAGGUUCCAAGUCCCUUGGCUCAUCUUCACAGAUAUUCACCGGAAUAUUCCCAAGACAUUAUGACCCACCUGAUGGUUUCACAUUUGAGAUAAAUGAUGUCUCACCUCCUAUCCAGGAUGAUCCUAGCCUUUUUGACUACAAUGUUCAAGAGCGCGUCAACGACUUUGUAGCUGCAGCCCUUGCACAGGUCAAUGUAACCAGGACAAAUCAUAUCAUGUGGUUGAUGGGAACUGACUUCCGGUACCAGUAUGCAUAUUCAUGGUACAGACAGAUGGACAAGUUUAUUCAUUAUGUUAACAAGGAUGGGCGUCUCAAUGUUCUGUAUUCGACACCAUCUAUCUACACCGAUGCAAAAUAUGCUGCAAACGAGUCGUGGCCCCUUAAGACUGACGAUUUCUUCCCGUAUGCGGACAAACCUAAUGCAUACUGGACAGGGUACUUUACGAGCAGGCCAGCCUUUAAAAGAUAUGUGCGCGAUUUAAGCGGCUACUAUCUGGCAGCUCGACAAUUGGAAUUCUUGAGAGGUAGGAGCAGUUCAGGACCAACAACUGAUAUGUUAGCUGAUGCUUUGGCAAUUGCGCAACACCAUGAUGCAGUUAGUGGUACACAAAGGCAGCAUGUGGCUGCAGAUUAUGCUCUUAGACUCUCAAUGGGUUACCUGCAGGCCGAGAAGUUGGUUGCCUCUUCCCUUUCGUUUUUAUCAGCAUCAAAAUCAAGUCCUGAUAAGAAGAAUCCCGACACAAAAUUUCAGCAGUGUCCCUUGCUUAAUAUUAGUUACUGUCCAGCAUCUGAAGCUCGUUUGUCCAGCGGCAAAAGCCUGGUGGUUGUUGUUUACAAUUCUCUAGGAUGGAAACGGGAGGAAGUUGUCCGAGUUCCUGUGUCGUCUGAAAAUGUUAUCGUGAAAGAUGCAUCUGGGAAAGAAGUCGUGUCGCAGAUUCUACCUCUUUCAGACAUCACAUUGAGAAUAAGAAAGGAGUAUGUCAAAGCAUAUCUUGGAAGAUCACCAAAGGACACUGCAAAACAUGUGCUUGCAUUUAUAGCUUCAGUACCACCUCUUGGGUUCAGCUCGUAUGUCAUCUCAGACACUGGACGAACAGGGCGUGGACUAUCUGCGUCAUAUGUUACUUCUGGAAGCUUGAAUCAAGAUGUAGAAGUUAGCCAAGGAAAUCUGAAGUUGCUCUAUUCAGAAGAGGGUGUGAAAAUGAGUCGUUAUUUAAGUACCAAAAAUCAGGUUACUGCAGAACAAACAUAUGCUUAUUACAUUGGAAGCAAUGGAACUGACAAGGAUCCACAGGUUCAGCUCUGUAAAAGAUACAAUCUCGUUUACUUUUUUAUAUUCAUAUCAUGUUUUAAACCGUUUUCGUAUACUUAUAAGGCUUCUGGAGCUUACGUUUUUCGACCAGAUGGUUCACGUCCAAUUAAAUCUGAAGGACAGGCUCAGGCUCAGUUGACUGUUGUUCGAGGACCUUUGUUUGAUGAAGUGCACCAAGAGUUUAACUCCUGGAUAUCACAGAUUACCAGAGUGUACAAGGGAAAAGAUCAUGCUGAAAUUGAGUUCACUGUUGGGCCUAUUCCAGCUGAUGAUGGUAAUAGCAAGGAGGUUAUCACUAAACUUACAACCACCAUGAAGACAAAUGGAACAUUUUACACAGACUCUAAUGGUCGGGACUUCAUCAAACGGGUUCGGGACUUCAGAACAGAUUGGGACUUGCAAGUCUACCAACCAGUUGCUGGGAACUAUUAUCCUAUAAAUCUUGGGAUAUACAUGCAAGAUAAAACUUCUGAGCUAUCGGUGUUGGUGGAUCGCGCUGUAGGGGGAUCCAGCUUAGAGGACGGUCAGAUCGAGUUGAUGCUUCAUCGGAGAAUGCUCCAUGAUGACAUUAGAGGUGUUGGCGAGAUUCUUAACGAAACAGUCUGUCUCCCUGAUGGAUGCAAAGGAUUGACGAUACGAGGGAAGUUUUACAUACAGAUAGACAAACCUGGAGAUGGUGCAAGAUGGCGUCGAACAUUUGGUCAAGAAAUAUAUUCUCCACUUCUUCUGGCAUUCACGGAACAGGAAGGAGAUCAUUGGAUUAAUUCACAUAAGACGACAUUCUCAGCGCUUGAACCGUCAUACUCAUUACCAAAUAACGUCGCAUUACUCACCCUCCAGGAGUUGGAAAAUGGGGAAGUUCUUUUAAGGCUUGCUCACUUGUUCGAGGUUGGGGAGGAUAGUGAGUACUCAGUCAUGACAAAAGUAGAGCUAAAGAAACUAUUCAACAACAAAAAGAUAAGCAAAGUGAAAGAGACAAGUCUCACAGGGAACCAAGAGAAAGCGGAAAUGGAGAAGAGAAGGCUAAUCUGGAAAGUAGAAGGCUCGGCCGGGGAAGAGGUGAAGAGAGGAGAAGCUGUGGACGAGGAAGAGCUGGUGGUUGAGCUUGCUCCGAUGGAAAUCCGAACCUUCUUAAUCAGGUUUGAUGAUCACAAUGAAAUGGUUGGUGAAGAGAGAGCAACAACAUAGAUUUUCAAGUAACACACGUUGUGGUCUUUUUUAUAAAGCCUUCACUGGACUCUUAAUAAAUAUGUCCAAUGUGGAUUAAUAAAAUAUUGCAUCACCUCUUUUUCUAUUUCAUUAGUAUGUUUGUGUGUGUGUUGAGUUAAAAGUUGCCAUUGAGUAGCUAAAAAUGGCAUUAACCCAUGUUUGAUGUGACAUAUGGUUCAAAACUCCUUUUGCUUUGGA